AUGCCGAGCACAAUACGUCUCAAUUCGGUCCCAGUAGCUAGCUGUGGCACUUCCAUGACAUACGAUCCGCACAUGCGACCGUCCACGGCCUGUUCACCUCAGUCUGCGUCAGGCAAUCCACAAUCCACAGGACCUAAUAUGAGCCGACUGGCUUCAAUUCUCGUUCCGUCCGGUACGUUGUGCCCUACGAAUGACAUCCAAAAGCCAUCACCGUACCUUGGUUCAGGUGGUGGUCCCUUGGGCACAUUUUCCCCCAUCACUAGCCCACUGGCUCUUCUUCCGGUCUUGAUUGAUUCGGGUUAUGUGGAUCAUGCGUCUCCUGUUUUGUCUACUUCUGACGGACAUCAGCCCGGUUCAACCGGUCCUGGAGGUCCGUCCUCUGGUGAGAACGACUCUGUGCAUCGGCGAGAUAAUUGUACGAAUCGUGGUAGUUCUUCACACCCGGCUCCACCUGGUGGUGGUUCUGUUGGUGGUGUUAACUAUUGUUCUUCACUGGUCCAAUCCGAGACAAAUGGUCACAACACUGUUGUAUUGACCACUCACUCCAAUGCUUUGAUAUUGUCCGCCACACCCGCUGACUCAUUGUCUCAAGGUGAGCCAUUUGUGACCACGUGA